CUACAUUUUUUGAGAAUUUAGCUGUAUACAUUUUUGUUUAUGAAGCCACCGUACAUGUUUUCAAAUCCCCGACGUCAGCCGAGCGGGGAAGCCAGAAGACUGAAGCACGGAACACGCCUGCAAGUUAGCCGGCAGAGUCCCCAACCGCCACACGAUUCCGCUAUUCAGCCGGAAGCCUCCGCCCGUCCCCAACCCCCGCACGAUUCCGCUAUUCAGCCGGAAGCCUCCGCCCGUCCCCAACCCCCGCACGAUUCCGCUAUUCAGCCGGAAGCCGCCGCCCGUUCCCACUAUUCAGGCGAUAUCAAGCUUGUCUACCAUUCGGGUCGGCUACUCGGGUUUCAAAUUAGGGUUUCAAAUCUUUCAUAUAAUCCAACACAUUGCGAGAUAUGAAGUUGACCCUCGAAUUCGGAGGUGGGUUGGAACUUCUUUGCAAUUCUGAGAAGGAACAUGUUAUUGACAUUAUGCCAGAAGACGGAGAGCAAAAGUUGACCAUGAAAUACUUGCUCUCUUGGGUUUGCAAGGAGCUGAUCAAGGAGAGGAGGGAAAUGUUCAUGAAGGGAGACACUGUGAGGCCUGGAGUUCUAGUCCUCAUCAACGACACAGACUGGGAACUGUGUGGGCAGCUAGAUGCAGUGUUAAAUGACAAGGAUGUCAUUGUAUUCAUUUCAACACUGCACGGUGGAUAAAUUGUGAAGCUUUUUUCUCUGCAUCCUGCUUUGGCUAUUAACUAUAAUCAGACCGAUGUUUGAUGUUUUUUGAAUGCGUUUUUUGUUUCUUUCUUUUCUAGAUCCGAAUGCUGUGGUGUGUACUGCUAAAUGCAUUUGCCAAUUGUUCAUAUCCUAAGAAUGCUUAUGAAUGUGUACGCGUGUGUGUAAUCAAAUUUGUAUUUGCUUCAGAAUUACACUUCCAGAUUUUUGGGACAGAUGAAGAACAUAAAGAGGUUUGCAUAUGAUUUUAUAAGCUUGUUGGUGAUCUUGAGGACAAGGCCUGGGA